AUGGUCACUGAGGCUGUCAUUUGCCGUUUAUCUCCAGAAGACGAGUGGUGGACUGGUAAAGGUGACAAUCUCCCAGGAGUCGUCCUCCAUGUAAUAUCCAGUCGCACCACAUUAUCGGUGACCUUUUCUUCCCCUUACGGUUAUGCAUCUGAGAAGGAUCUUGGGUGCAUCCAGUUGGUGGACAGCAGUUCCCCCAGCUGCAGCCCUGUGACCAGCCUGUCCAGCUUUGUCAUGUACCAGUUUCCAGUAGGUGCCUGUGGCAGCACAGUUCAGAUGGCAGGUGGCAACGUGACUUGCCAGAACACCAUGUCUGCUGCCAUCACUGUGAGGAGUGGUCCAGAGGGCUCCAUCACCAGGGACAGUGUCUACAAGUUAUUCUUCCAGUGCACCUACUCAGGAAGCCAGGAUGUGCAAGUGGAGGCUGAGGUGUAUACUGUGGCGCCAACUCUGCCAGUAGUAGAGCAAGGGCCAUUUGACCUGGAAUUGGUCAUUACCACAGAUUCCUCCUAUGGCUCCUACUACGUGGAUGCUGACUACCCUGUGACCAAAACUCUGAGCGAUCUUGUGGCUGUGGAAGUGCACAUCGUGAGCAGGACUGACCCUAACGUUGUUCUGACUCUUGGGGACUGCUGGGUCACCCCAGGACCUUCUGCUUCCAGCCAGCCCCAGUGGAGCCUUCUGGUGAAUGGGUGCCCAUACACAGGGGAUAACUAUUUGACAAGCUUGGUGACAGUGGACAGCACAUCUGGAGUGGCCUACCUAAGCUAUUAG